AUGGCGGCCGCUUUGCUCCUCGCACUGUUCGUCGCGCUUUUUGCACCCUCGGGCUCCAGGCAGAAUGCCGUCGCGGGGCGAGACAUCGGCGAGAGAGAGCCGGACGAAGAUUCCGACGCGGGCGCAGUGGCUAGCGAAGCCGUGGAGGCGGCCGAAAACGUACCCGCGUGGAAGGAGCUGUGGGAGGCGUCGUUGGAGGCGCUGCGGCGCGAGCCGGCGCUCAACGCCACUCCCGGCGAGGAGGUCGUGCAGCUCGGUGGCGUGGCCUUUCUGCACUGCCCCGUGCGCCAUCUAGCUGAGCGCCAGGUCUCCUGGGUGCGUCGCCGCGACUGGCACAUUAUCAGCUCCGGCCUCUUCCUUUACACUAACGAUGAGCGCUUCCAGGUGCUGCAUGCGGAGGGCUCCGACGAUUGGGUCCUGCAGAUUAAAUACGUGCAGAAGCGUGACAACGGCACGUACGAGUGCCAGGUGUCGACGGGCCGUGGCGCGCUGUCGCGGCUCGUAUACUUGCGAGUGGUCGUCCCCGAGGCGUUCAUCCUGGGCGCGGAGGAGUACCACGUGGAUGCCGGCUCCACCAUCAACCUAGUGUGCAUCAUUGAAAAGAGCCCGGUGCCGCCGCAGUACGUGUUCUGGUACCACAACGGGCGCAUGAUAAACUACGAUGCUUCGCGCGGUGUGGCCGUAGCGACGUCCCCGGGCGCGCGCACUCACUCGGCCUUGACGGUGCGAUUUGCGAAGCCGCACCACUCCGGGAACUACUCGUGCCGCGCGCCCGCCACACAGCCCGCCCACAUCUCCGUCUACGUCUCGGAGGGCAGCGACAAGAUGGCGGCGACGUUGACACGGAGCGCAAAUGACGCAAUGGCGCUCGGCUCUUCGACGGCUAGAAGCAGUGGGGGCGUCCUGAUGCUGCUCGCGCUGCCUUCGUUACUGGGUCGCGUCCGCUGUUGA